AAAUUCAUGGGAAAAAUCAUAGAUUCAUAGAUUCAACAUUGUCACUUGAUCACUUGAAUAUUGAAUAAUAGAAACCAUUAAAAGACAAAAGAAAAAAUGGCAAUACAUCGUUUAUCAGCAUCAUUGUUGUUGUUGAUCGUUGCAUCAAUGGCCAUCGCUGCAAGUAUUGUGGGCGAUUUCCGUAAAAUGGACGUGUAUGAUGAACAUCUCCGUCAAUCAUUAUCACACUUGGAACGACAAAUGGAUAAUCGACUCAACAUGAACACCAUACAUCGUAUCGCUAAGAUUCGUCAGGCUGAAUAUCAAAUUGUCUCUGGCAUCAAAUAUCGGGCAACAUUUGAAUUUGGCGAAACAGAUUGCCUUAAAUCUGAUCAUCGGGAUAUUGAAUCCUGUCAAUUCACCGGUUACAACAUGAUUUGUCAUGCCAUCACUUUGGAAAAAGCAUGGCUUAAACAAAGUUCACUUGUCGAAUUUUUUUGCGAUAAUUAAUCUAUCUAUAAUAACUAUAUCUAAAUCUAUAUUGAAUAAAAUGAAUUUCAUUCAUCAAAUCAAAAA